AUGCCGAAUACACAAGAAGGGAUAGUUCAUGGUCAUAUUCAUAAUCAUGAUAAUCUGACUUAUAUUCACGGUCAUGUUCAUGUGAAUCACAACGCUGGUGAUAGAGGUAGCGGUGCCACGGAUGCUACUGGUCAGACCUUAUCGAGAGAUAUAGCUACAACCACUACUGCUACUGCUGCUGCUGCUGCUACUUCAACUGAUAAUACGGAAAAAUCUUCAAGUACCGGAAAUAUCCUUGGUUCUUGUAACCAAAGUUCAGAUGAAAUCGAUUGUACACAGUACGCAGAUUGCCAACAUUUCGAAUUCAUUAAUUAUCAUAGGGAUGCUGAUCGUGCAAUAAAUAAUGAUCCAAUUUCUUCUUCUUCUAUACUUCCAAAGGAUUUCUCUUACCAUGAUGAUACUUUAUUAUUACCAUCCGCAAACUUAAAUAGUAAUGUCGAUGCAUUUUUCAAGCGAAGGAAAUUGGAUCCAAUGGUAUCAACAAUCACUCAUAAUAAUAGUAAUUUCACAAAUAAUAACGAUAGCACUCAUAAUGAAAAUUGUUAUUGUAAUCCUAAAGUGUUGGAAAUAUGUUGUGAAAUGGAUCAUCAUCUCUCUGAAUAUAGCAAAGAAGACAUCAAAGCAAAAAAUUCUGGAACAUUCAGUGAUUACAUCACGAAUCUUAAUUUGGACGAGCUGAACAUUUAUACUGGCAUACAGAAUACUAAUCCACUGAAAAAUUCAUCUCUAUCGACUAAGAGCUCUGACCAUUCAAAUGAUAUACCAUACAAGGAUACUAUUACGGAGAUCAAUUGUGAUUUGACUUGUGAUACACAAUGUCAUCCUCAAUCUUCUAUCAACUCACAGAGUAAACCAUUCGAACUACCGAAUGCUGAUAAAAAUAUUGUGAAAACUGAAGAUGAUAAACAAGAUUUAAAUGUAAUUAUAGAUCAAUUUUGUAAACACUGCAACUCUCAUGAUCAUUUAACAUCUGCUCAUGACACAACACAUCCAUCAUUGCAACGGCAAUAUCACGAACAUAUUGUCAACUCUCAAACCGACCUUAAGAUAUUAGAAGAUCUUUGUGAUAUUUCGACUCUUUAUGAGGUACCGUUUGCCAAUCACAUGAACCAUCAUAAUCAUAUUCAUUCUAGUGGGCAAAAUCAGAGUAUCAAUCUGUUGCAUUCAUCCAUUAGCAAAACACCACCUUCUAACGAUAACAAUGCAUACACUACUACUACCAUUACUACUAAUAAUAAUAAUAUUCCUAAUCCCCAUAAUCAUGACCAUACCAACUUGCAUCAUCAUCACCGAAUCCAAUUACAUCCACAUAAAGAAGCUCAACAACAAAAUAAAUUUAAAAUUUCAACGGUAAAUGCUAGUAGUCCAAUUGCAAAAACAUAUAGCUAUGAACGAUCAAAACAUAUGAUAUCUACUGAACCUGAUAAAUUCUAUCAUUAUCCUCCGCUACCACUAGCAACAAAUGAUGUUACGACUUCUACUACAUCUACAAAUAAUAAUGAAAUUUUCAAUGAUAAUAAACUAAUGCAAGAUAACAAUACAGUAAAUUUCAAUUGGAUAUUUAAGAAAAAUGAUGAGCCGACUUUAAAAUGCAAAUGGGCAGAUUGUACUGAAUCAUUUAAUACUCUAUUAGAAUUACAAAAACAUAUCAUAAAAGAUCACGUAUCUUUGCCAGCAACAACUCUCCAACAAACAGCUAAAGCAACCGAAAACGGUCAACAAGAUAAUAAUAAUACGUUUAUCAAUUCAUGUAAUUGGCAAGAUUGUGAUUAUACAAAUAAAAAUAAUGAUAUUUGUUCAUUAAUCAAUCAUAUUAAUGAUACCCAUGGUAUUAAUUUCGAUAUCAAAUUCAUUGAACCUAAAAUGACUAAAAUAAAUUUGAAUUCCCAUCAUUCUUUACAUUGCGCAAACGAUACUCAUCAUUUAGAAUUAUUAUCCAAUACCACUGUUCAACCAUCUUUACCAACAACAAUAAAAAAUAAUGAUAGCACAGUUUUGCCGAUAUCAAACAAAUUGGGAACUAUUAAAUGUGAAUGGGGCCUCUGUGAUCAAGUUUUCAAUUCCAAAGAGGAUUUAAAUACGCACCUUGAAAAUGAUCAUUUAUUAAAGGGUCAAUCCCAAUAUCAAUGCCAUUGGCACGGUUGUUCCAAGAAAUUUACUCAAAGACAAAAGAUGGUACGUCAUUUAAAAGUCCAUUCAGGUUAUAAACCAUGUAAAUGUCCAGUUUGUAAUAAAUGUUUUUCCAACUUGGAAACUUUAAAACAGCACCAAAGGACGCAUACAGGAGAAAAACCAUUCCAAUGUCAUCUUUGUGAUAAAAGAUUCACUAUUGCAAGUUCAUUGAAAAUCCAUAUUAGAACUCAUACUGGUGAAAAACCUUUGAAAUGUAAGAUUUGUGGGAAGGCAUUCAAUGAAUCUUCUAAUUUGAGUAAGCAUAUUAAGACUCAUUUCAAAUUGAUUUCCACGAAACAAGAUAAACCUCAAAAUCAAGAGCAAAUUGUGAAAUCAUAA